GUAAUUUUCUUCAACCGCAAACUUGUAAAAAUAUUUAUUUAAUUUAUAAUUUAAGCAAACUGCACAAUGCCAUAUUGACUUCUUGUUACUAAAACAUAUAUUCUCAUUAGCUUGCUACAGCCCAAAAGUUUUAGUAGCCACAGGUAUAAUGCGCAUUUGGAAUCAGACUUUUUUACAAAAAUUAUACACGCAAGGAAUCAUCAGAAGAGUUAGUAACAGCGCAAAGAUGACUUCUAAGAAAAUAGCCGUUUGCCAAAUGACCUCUGUAGCCAAUAAAGGAGAGAAUCUUAGUGUUGUUAGUAAGCUUGUCAAUGAUGCAGCUCGUGAUGGAGCACAGAUGAUAUUUUUUCCAGAAGCUUGUGAUUAUAUAUGUGAUAAUAAGAAUGACAUAGUGAAAUUAGCUGAACCAAUACUGACCGGAGAAAUAGUUGACAGUUAUAGACGACUGGCCGCCAAGCAUAAAGUCUGGUUAUCUAUGGGUGGUGUACACGAAAAGGAUGAAUCGAAGCCAGAUAAGAUGUUCAACACUCAUUUGAUUAUCAACAACGAGGGUGACAUAGUGCAAGCGUACAGGAAACUGCAUUUAUUCGAUGUAGAGAUACCGGAGAAGAAUGUAAGGUUAAAAGAGAGCGACUUCUCACAUGCUGGUGGGCAUGUUGUCACUCCCGUGGAUACACCCGUCGGUAGGAUAGGCAUGGCGAUUUGUUACGACAUGCGUUUUCCGGAACUUAGUACUGCAUUGAGUAUAAUGGGUGCGGAAGUUUUAACUUACCCAUCAGCAUUCACACACACUACUGGCGAAGCGCAUUGGCAUAUAUUACUCAGGAGUAGAGCAAUAGAAAAUCAAUGUUAUGUGAUUGCUGCGGCCCAAGUGGGUCAUCAUAAUAAAAAACGACGGUCGUAUGGGCACGCUUUAUGCGUUGACCCGUGGGGGGAAGUUCUAGCCGAUUGUGGUGAAGCUUCACCCAGUUAUAAACUCGCUGAAUUGUCUAGUGAAGCAUUGAGUAAUGUUAGAAGGAAUAUGCCCGUGUUUCAGCAUAGAAGACGCGAUAUCUACUCCUUAUACACGUUGAAUUUACGAAAAGACCUCUUGCCUGCACACACUCAACAUUCGGACGUUACGGACGUUUCAUCUCGGACGUACGACGGACCCUCACACGUCUUCGGACAAGUCCGAAUACCGGAGACGUGUGUGUUCUAUAAAACGAAUUUGAGCUACGCCUUCGUGAAUUUGAGGUGUGUCAUUCCGGGCCAUGUGUUGGUUGCACCGACAAGGUCGGCCGAAAGGAAUCAGGAUUUGACUGAAGAAGAGGCAGAUGACUUCUACAGGACCAUAAGAUUGGUGCAGAAGUUAAUGGAGAAAGUACACAACACCAAAUCGUGUACAGUGACAAUACAAGACGGUCCCGACGCCGGGCAGACUAUAAAGCAUCUACACUGCCACAUAAUGCCGCGGAAGAAAGGCGACUUCAUAGAAAAUGAUCAUAUAUACUUGGAAUUGGCUAAAAACGAUCAGUUAAAGUCCGGUCACCCAUCCAAACCAGCCAGGACCAAAGAAGAGAUGGACAACGAAGCUAAAUUUCUGAGAAAUGAAAUGCGCAUUAUGCUACAAAGUGAAAAGGAUCUUAAUAGAUAAAACUUUGAGUGCAUUUUUGUAUAUAUAAAACGGCACUGAAUAGGGUAUUUGACAAGUUUUAGAAAACGAUCUCACGUUAUUGACUAAUGUUUGUGGAGUCCGUCAAAAGUGGAUAUUCAUCAUUCUGUUGUGUAUUUCAGUAAAAAUAAUCAAAUCAAAAACUCCAUUUACAAGUUGCCGCGAAGACGUUUUUCUGGACAAUAUGGCGUCUUACUAGUGUGUGACGUACACGACUAUAAUUAGAACGCCAAACUAUACAAUGUAAUGUCACUUUAACCGGAAGUUUACUUGUGUGUGACGUCAUUUUAGGCUCCGCCAAUCCCUAGCGUUUUGGGUCACGUGACAAUUACAUAAGAAAACUAUUAUCUUUUUCGUGGGUUUUUAGUAAAAUUAUGAAUAUUUUUGUUGUAAAAAUAGUAAAAACCCCUGCCAAUAUUCUAGAUGCUAACAAUUGGCACUUUAUGUUUAAUACGGUCAAAUACCCUAUUACUGGACCAGCAUUAAUGUUCAGUGUUCAGCACACAGAGAAAUCAAUUAUUCUAGUUA